CUACCGAACACCGUCCCGAGGUGUAUCGCGCGCACACGCACACGCACACAGGCGGGCGAGCGAGCGAGCGAGAGAGAGAGAGAGAGAGAGAGAGAGAGAGAGAGAGAGAGAGAGAGGGGCUCGCUGCGAGAGCCGGCGACGAUUUUUUCGCGCGAUCGCAGAUUCGCCGGGAGCGGUACCAGUACACUUCUCGAAGCGCAGCCAAGCGAGCACAUGUGCGCCGCCACUCGCUGAGAGCCAUCCUCAUCGUCCGAUCAGCAACUCCGCACGCAUCGCCGCUACCGCACCGAUCCGACGAGAGCGCGAGCGGCGUCAUGGCCGAGAAGAGGACGUCGUGGAUGCUGCUGCCGCUGCUCGCCUGCGUCGUCGUCGGCGCAGCCCUCGUAGCCGGCCUGGAGAAUGACGACUUGGUCUUUGACCAUGACAGUAGAGUAUCCGCCGCAGACUCAUCCGCAGAGCUAGAACACCGAGAAUCCCUGCUCCACAGCUUUUGGAGUUGGUUCAAGCUUGACGCAGAUAUUUUUUCAUCGUCCCCACAUCGAUCGGCAGGUAAAUCUCAACUAGCGGAUCCGAAUUCGGUAUCGGCAUCUGAUGCUCGGAAGAAAAGGGAAGUGAAAGGAAACAACGAAAUCACUAGCGACGACGCAUAUAAAUCAAUGAAAUUCUCAAAAAAGGCUGACAGUUCAUUGCAGCCACAAUUAUCCCGGAAAUACCGACAGGGCGAUGAUGAAGAUGAUGUAGGUUCUGGGGAACCUGAAUCGGACAGAGGCUCGGACGGUCUUGCGAAUAGUGUCGACUUGUACAGUAGUCAUUCUUCGAGCAUUAGCACUACAAAUCCCACCACUGAAUCCAAUAUGGUAGACAAACCUGUCGAUCUCGACGAACAAAAUGUUUUCAGGGUAUCGGUAACCAUCAAGGAGCCAUACCGAGAAGAGUUUGAAAGACGGGAAGGUGAGAAAUUUCAGAAAUUCGCGGAAAACCUUACGAGGAGCGUCGAAGAUAUUUUAAACAAACACUUACGAAGGGAUCAUCAUGUUACAUUUGUCAAAAUGGAGAACGCUCCAGAUCCAUUCGAAUCGCACGUUCAUCUUGAUAUACACACAAUGAGCAGCGAAACGGAUGUUCGUGAAAUUCUGGAAAACCAUCUAAAUACUUACUACUCCCUUGGAAAAUUCACGGUCAAUCCCAACACAUUCACGUUGCGAGCUGUUCUAGAAUGCCAAGCCGGGGAAAUUGCUUGUGACGUUUCGAGGUGUAUUUUGCAAACCCAAAAGUGUGAUUUCAAAUCUGAUUGCGAGGAUGGCAGCGAUGAAGCUGGUUGCAAAUAUCCUGCUUGUGCGCCAGAUGACUUCAUAUGCAACAACGGUCAGUGCAUCAAAGAUAGUCAAUUUUGCGAUAAUCAUCCAGAUUGUGAAGACAAUUCCGAUGAAAUCAACUGCUUAACGACUUGCAGUAGUGAUGAGUAUCGAUGUUUGGAAGGCAUUUGCAUCAGUAUUGAUAAAAGAUGCAAUGGAUAUGCUGACUGCAGAAACGGCGAUGAUGAAGAUUCAUGUGAUUGCAGACCUGACGAUUUCUAUUGCGAAGAUGGAAACUGUGUUUCCUAUAGUUCUUUAUGCAAUGGAAUUCAAGACUGCAGAGAUGGUUCUGAUGAAAGAGAUUGUGACAUUGCCCCUUGUCCUUCUACGGAGUUUACUUGCGGUGAUGGUUCUUGUAUACCUAAGAAAUUAGUAUGUGAUGGAAUAGACCACUGUUUGGGGGCAGAAGAUGAGCUUGAAUGUGCAAAAAACUGUACGCCAAUCCAAUUCAAAUGUGUGAGUGGAAACAAAUGUAUAGAGCGCAUCUACAGAUGCGAUGGACACCCAGACUGUCCUGAUAGGAGUGAUGAAGAUUGUUACGAUGGAUUUUCAAACGGAUCUAUAAAACUCGAAACGCCGUUAAGAACUAAAUGCGGACCUGGAGGAAAGCCGUGUGAAAAUGGAGUUUGUAUUAGCAAAGACUUUUUCUGUGAUGGAAACAAAGAUUGUUUAGAUAACAGCGAUGAGCAAAAUUGCAUUCUGGAAAGUGCUCCUUCACAAGGAAGUUAUGCAGGCUGUAGAAGAAAUCAAUUUGAAUGUUCAAUUGGAAACUGUAUAAAUCAAUUGGAUGUAUGUAACGGUCGACCAGAUUGUCCAGAUGGAAGCGAUGAAAGAAGUUGUCCUCCACAAGUCCAUCGAGGUGAAGAUAGUAAUAGGAGGCCUAACUUUAAUAUUAAAGUUUAUCCGAGUGAGCAAAUAAUUAAAGAAAGAUCUGAAGUAGUGUUUCAAUGUCGCGAUGAAGGACCUCUUCGGGCACAGGUGAAGUGGUUACGAGAUAAUGGUCAUCCGCUUCCUCCAAACAGUCGUAUUGUAAAUGGACGUCUAGAAAUACCCAACAUUCAGUUAGAACAUUCAGGGAGCUACGUAUGUGAGACUGAAAAUUAUUCCCAUUUACCUGGAUCUCAAGUCACCGCUUUACUCACAGUUGAAAAAACUGAUCAGUCAUGGCUAAAGUCGACAUCUUCAGGAAUUUGCAAUGAACACGAAGCAACGUGCAGCAAUGAAGAAUGUAUUUCUAAACAUUAUGUCUGCGAUGGUAAAUCUGAUUGCUCUGAUGGAUCAGAUGAAUUGCGAUGUGGUCAUCAUGGAUGCGAACCAAAUGAAUUCCGUUGUGCGAAUAAGCAGUGCGUAAGCAAAGUUUGGCGCUGUGAUGGAGAUAAGGAUUGUUCAGAUGGAAGUGACGAAGAAGGCUGCUCUUCCUUGCCAUACAAUGCGCCAUGCAACUAUGGGGAAUUUAAGUGUGGCAAUAAUCAAUGUAUUCCAAAGAGUUAUCAUUGUGAUCAUGAACGCGAUUGUCUUGAUGGCAGCGAUGAAAUUGGUUGUUUACCUGUUUACAUUGUGAAACCACCACCACCAAUGGUGGUACUAGAUCCAGGCGAUACUUUAUCCUUGACGUGUACAGCGAUUGGUGUACCGAUACCUGAAGUUAAUUGGCGGUUGAACUGGGGUCACAUAUCAAAUAAGUGUUCGACUACUUCAAUCAACGGAACUGGAACAUUAAACUGCCCUGAUGUUCAGUUGGAAGAUCAAGGUGCAUACUCGUGCGAAGGAAUUAAUAUUAUGGGUUUCGUCAUUGCUGUCCCCGAUACAAUUCUGGUCGUUAAAAAUAAUAGUAUUUGCCCACUUGGAAGAUUCAAUUCGGAGGCUAAAAGACCUGAAGAAUGCAUUUCUUGUUUUUGCUUUGGCGUAGCAACUGAAUGCACGAGUGCGAAUUUAUAUACUUAUCAAAUUCCACUACCAAUAGAUCGUUACAAAGUUAUACCAGUAGAAAUAAGACCUGAUAUAAGAAUACGAACUGAAGCAAACUUCUCAGAUGUAUUUGUAGAGAAUGACGGAAUUAACAUUCACAAUCCGAACAAUGAAGUCAAUAAAAAUAACGUUAUUUUUUUUGGUCUUCCCGAACAUUUUAACGGAAAUCAACUUAAAUCUUAUGGUGGUUACUUAUCCUAUGACGUCAGAUACGAUGGAAACGGAAUAAAUAACGAUGCUCCGACUGUAAUAAUUAGUGGAAAUCAGCGUCUACUUUUUCACAAUGGGCCACAAAUUUUACCAAAUCAAGAAUCAAAACAAAGAGUUCGGUUAAUCUACGGAGAAUGGUAUAAAAACAAUCGCAGAGGACCAACUUUAGCAUCAAGAGAGGAUAUUAUGAUGGUUUUGCAAAACAUCGAUAACAUUCUCAUCAAAGCACAAUAUGAAAACGAGACGCCAUUAAAUAUUUCCAUAACAAACGUUAUGUUGGAUUCAGCUGACAAAAGUGGGGCAGAUUUAGCGCCAUUCGUAGAGGAGUGCCGUUGCCCAUCAGGAUACACUGGUUUGUCCUGUGACAAAUGUGCUUCUGGAUAUGCGAGACGCAAGAGUGGUCGAUGGCUUGGACAGUGUUACAAAGAAGUUACACCACCAGAGGUUUGUCCACGAGGAUUUUACGGCGAUCCGUCACGUGGAAUCCCUUGCGAACGAUGCCCCUGUCCUCUUCCAAAUCAAUCCGAUCGUACUUGCUAUCUUGAUACUGAUGGCAGAAAUGCAAAAUGCGAAUGCCCGCCUGGUUACGAAGGCAAACGAUGUGAAAGAUGUGCAGAAGGCUAUCGAGGCAAUCCUAUGUUAGGCGAUGAAUGCAUACCUUAUGAUCAAUGUGAUCGUAGUGGCAGUCUGAGUUCUGAACUUAAUCCUUAUACCAGAAGAUGUGAGUGUAAGGAAUAUGUUACAGGACCAACUUGCAAUCAGUGUAAAGCUAAUACAUUUAGCUUAGCAUUUACAAAUCAAUUUGGAUGUAUACGCUGCUUCUGCAUGGGUACCACCAGUACUUGUGUAUCAUCCAACUGGUAUAGAAGUGAAAUUCGUGUUUCGUUUACUAAUUCAAUACGAGAAUUUAGUCUUGUUGGUUCUAACGUUCAAGAUAGCAAAAUCAUUACAUCUGGUAUUAAUUUAAAACCUAAGAGCCGAGAAAUCGUGUUUAAUGACUUCCCUGACCGAGGUGCUGGUAAUGUCUAUUAUUGGUUAGUACCGAGCUUGUUUUUGGGUAAUCAAAUAUCAGCAUACGGAGGUAACUUAAAAUAUGUCGUAAGAUAUGUUCCUUCUCCGGGCGGAUUAACGUCAAGAAAUAGCGCAGCAGAUGUUGAAUUAAUAAGCUCAAAUGAUAUUACUCUUCUAUAUUAUUCAAAAGAAUUUCCAGAACCGAACACUCCUAAGACAUUUAUAGUUCCCUUAUUAGAACAAUACUGGCAAAGAUCUGAUGGGACUAAAGCCGAUAGAGAGCAUCUUUUGAUGGCUCUUGCGGACGUGAAGGCGAUUCGGAUCAAAGCAACCUACACAACACAUACUUACGUAGCUGCAUUAUCAUCUGUGUCUCUGGACAUUGCGGAAGAAUAUAAUACUGGAAAACAGCGUGCCAUUGAAGUUGAAAAGUGCAGCUGUCCACCUGGCUAUCAAGGCCUUUCUUGUGAAGACUGCGCUGUUGGUUAUACCAGAGCAGAAGAAGGCUUGUACCUUGGUAUAUGUGAACCAUGUAAAUGCAACAGUCAUUCUCACCAAUGCGACCCGGAAACUGGUAUAUGUGAGAAUUGUGCCGAUCAUACAACGGGUGACAAUUGUGAAAUUUGUGAAUCUGGGUACGAAGGCAAUGCCACUCGUGGUACUCCUUAUGAUUGUCGAGUCAAAAGUGGUUCCAUCAUUCCAUGCCAUUGCAAUCCACUUGGAUCUUCAUCUAGUAACUGCAGUAAUGGUCAGUGUUAUUGUAAAAAAAAUGUCGAAGGACCCGAAUGUAACCGUUGUCGGCCCUCAACCUUUGGGUUAUCAAAGAAUAAUCCAGAUGGCUGUAAUGAAUGUUUCUGCAGUGGCGUAACCAAUCAAUGUCAUGAAAGUUCUUUAUAUAUCCAAGAAAUACCAUUGCUUUUAUUGGACGAUAAUCAUGGAUUCACGCUUACUGAUUCGUCUCGACGCAUAGUCAUUAGUAAUGGAUUUGAACUGAAUGUACCUGUAAAUGAAAUCGGUUACCACUAUUCUAGUGAUCGUAACAUGAGAUUAUUCUGGUCCUUGCCAAGUGCAUUUACAGGAAACAAAAUUAAAAGUUAUGGUGGUUACUUAAAACUCACUCAACAUAUCGAAGCCCGCCCAAACUCAAAUUGUCGUCCAGAUCAAGACAUUAUUAUAAUUGGAAACGGAUUAACUCUUUAUUGGACAAAUCUAAAAAAAUUUAAUCCAGGCUCAAGUUUGAAGUAUGCAGUUCCGCUAAAAGAAACUGAAUGGCGGCACAUUUCCUCUAGUGGUCUCCGAGUUGCAACUCGAUCAGAUUUAUUGAGAGUUCUUGCGAAUGUGGAUGCAAUUUUAGUCAGAGCAUCAUAUUGUGAUGAAAUGAUGGCUACGUACAUAAGCGAUGUUAGUCUGGAUACUGCUGUAGAAAUGGCUGGAACUCCUCGCGCCGACCAAGUUGAGGCUUGCAGAUGUCCCGCUGGGUACGCUGGAACUUCGUGUGAAACAUGUGCUCCAGGAUAUUAUAGAAAUGUUAACGACCAAACUGUUAGUAUAUUAGGAUCAUGCAAUCCUUGUUUAUGCAGUGGAAAUGAACAGAGUUGUGAGUUAGAUUGGUCGGGUCAACUAAAAUGUAAUUGUCUCCCUCAAUACACUGGUCGUUCCUGCCAAGAUCCAGUGGAUAAUACUCAGCCUCCUACUACGUCAGUUCCGACUUGGACAGCCAUCGAACCCGAUCCAACAAUACCAAUCGUUGCAACAAUUAAAGAACCAAAAAUUCAAAUUGUAAAGAUUGGUGAUAAUGUUCAAUAUCAUUGCGCUGGUAAAUCAUUAAAUAAUAAACGAAUUGACGUAAAGUGGGAAAAGGAGGGAGGGUAUCUAAUUCCUGGGAGGCACGUUGACGAUUCGGAUGGCGUAUUAAUCAUAAAAGAAGUAAGAGUUUCUGACAGUGGAAAUUAUAUUUGCAUUCUCACUGAUGGCGUCCAUGUUGUUAGAGAAAAAAUUACUCUUCACGUUGGAGCAUUUCCUCAGUCAGUAAUCCCUAUAAAAUACUCUGAUGUAACGCCAAUAAUUAAUAUAAAUCCACCGUAUUUGAAAGUCACUGAAGGAGAACCUGCUGAAUUUCAAUGUGAAGCAAUCGGAUCACCAAAUUCGUUAGUAGAAUGGAUUCGACCUAAUGGCAAUAUGAAUUCAAACGCAACAUUUAGUGGUGGAAUUUUAAGAAUACCAUCUGUUUCGCGUACUGACGCUGCUGAAUAUAAAUGUAUAGUUACACGUGACAAUAGCUCUACUGAAAAAUCAGCACUAUUGCACGUUAAGGCAGCAAAAUAUGAUCCUAAUCAACCAGACAUCAUAGCUCUUAUUUCUCCAUCAAAAUGGUCUGGAUACAGUGGGGAUACUGUUAGAUUAAUUUGUAACACGUCACAGCCUGUACAGAAGAUAAUAUGGAGUAGGACAGACCGUUUACUAUUACCUACAACAGCCACACAAAGUAAUGGCGUGUUAACUAUUUCAAAUCCUUCUCUGAGCGAUGCUGGUUGGUAUAUUUGCACGGCAACGUUGCACGAUGGAUCAGAAAAAAGCACCACAACUUCAAUAUCAAUCAGUCCUCGGCAUGACAUGCCCAUGGUCUUAAUAGACCCACAAAGACAAAAAGUACCUCAAGGUUCAACCGCAACGAUACAUUGCAGAGCUGACGGCGACGAAUCAAAUAUAAGAUGGGUUAAAAAUCGAGAAUCCACUCUCGGGUCGAAUGUUCAAACAAUAGGUAAUAUACUACGCAUCACAAACAUACAAGUAUCGAAUAGAGGUAUAUACACUUGUCGAAUCAGUCCCAAUGAACAAGAAAGCUACGAAGCUAGUGCAAUCAUUGAAGUUGAACCACGAGAGAUGCCAGUUUUGCAACUUCACCCGAUGGAAUCACAAACAGUCUUAGAAGGCGGCACUGCCGAUUUCCAUUGCCGUGCAAUAGCUGGCAUUCCAUCUCCAGAAAUCAAAUGGUCACGUCAAGAUAACAGACCUCUUAGUCCAGAUUCACAAAUAUACCCUGGAGGAAUGUUGAGAAUUAAUAACGUAACUAGUUCAGAUGCAGGAUCCUACGUUUGUGUUGCUGAAAAUUCAGUUGGUGUUACAAGUGCUACAACUAGCUUAAAAGUGCAUUCAUUUCCUAGUAUAAGGAUCUCUCCUCAAAGCGGUGUGCUCAAUUUAAGGUCAGGCGAAAAAUUACAUUUAAUUUGCAGUGCUAUAGGAUAUCCCCAGCCUGUUGUGUCUUGGAGUAAAGAUCAUAAUGAGGAGCCAGUCAUAGAUCCGUACAAGUCAAGCAAAUUUGGCCCAUCAGCUACUAUUGAUAUCAAUUCUGUAUCGAGAGAAGAUGAAGGUACUUACGUUUGUAGAGCAAGUAACAGUGCAGGGAUAGUCGAUGACUAUGUGCAAAUAAGAAUAGAAGACGAUAUAAAUUCAGUAGAGUCGUCGGAAAUUUGCCGAGGUGAUACAGCAUGUGGAUACGUUCCAACAGAGGAAAAACCAAGCAAACAUAGUGGACUUCUUGUAGAUCGAUUGUCAAAUAUUCCAUCUGGUGGCAAAGUCUCUAUGCGCUGCCAAUUAUUUCCCUAUCCUGAAGAUAAGAAUAUUUAUUUAGACUGGAAGCGAGAAGAUGGUCGACUAAUGCCUCAAGAAAGUACAGUUAGUGAUGGCAUUCUAUAUAUUAACGAUCUCAAAAAAGAAGAUUCUGGCGAAUACACAUGUUUCGGCGUGGACGCUUAUGGCAAACAAGUAUUUUCUGCAAAAACUCAACUCCAUGUUGUUGAUUUUCCUAAAGUUGAAUUAAGACCGAUAAAGCAAACAGUCAGGCCUGGUGAAAAUCCAGCUAUACAUUGCAUCGCAACUGGGGAGCAGCCGUUGAAUGUCGAAUGGGAAGCUGUCGGUCGGCCACUACCAACGUCAGUCAGCCAAUCACAUGGUGUCUUACAGUUCCAAGGAAUAGAUUUCUCUGAUGCUGGAAAGUACGUGUGUAAAGCAUGGAACGAAUUGGGCACGGCAGAAUCUGUAGCCGAAGUUUCCGUUGAAGCAUCUUCAACACCAAUAGUGAGAGUGCAGGCAUCGAAAAAUCCAGUUAAUAUAGGAGAUUCUAUUGAUUUGCACUGCGUUGCAUCAGGAAUUGUCAAUCCUCGUUAUGUUUGGAGCAGACCUUAUGAAAUUCAAUUACCAUGGAAUGCAAGAGAAAAUGGUAACAUUCUGAGUAUAACAGAAAUAAAUACCGGUAACAAAGGUAUAUACAGAUGUGCCAUUGACUCCGACGAAGGUAUUGCAGAAAAUGAUAUUGAUCUUCAUGUUUUAGAAGAUGAAGCGUCAACUGAGGAGCCGUUAGAAACUGAAGUAAAACAUGUACCUCUAGGAAAAAAUGUAGAACUUUCUUGUCGCGAAAGUUUACAACAACCGGGAAGAUAUAGAUGGACUAAAAUUAAUGGCUCUUUACCUAUUAGACAUGAAACAAUUUACAAUAUAUUGCGAUUAAUCGAAGUUGAGGAAGAUGCAGCUGGUGUAUAUUCAUGCCGAGGAAACAAUGAAGAAGAUACAUCUGAAACAUUAACUACUGUAGUUGUUACUGGAUUAGUUCCAUAUUUCAGCCAAGCACCUUUAAGUUUUAUUGAACUUGCACCGCUUAUGGAUGCUUAUUUGAAAUUUGAUAUUGAAAUUUCAUUUAGACCAGAAAGUCCUAAUGGAAUUCUUCUUUACACUGGUGAAAAAACAAAAGAAACUGGUGACUUCGUUCAAUUGGCCUUGGAAGAUGCUUACCCAGUAUUUAGCUUCGAUCUUGGAUCGGGUACUACUGUGAUUAAAGCAGAUAAAAAUAUUACACUUCGUGAGUGGCACACGAUUAUCAUUCAAAGAAGUCGUAAGGAAGGAACAAUGUUAGUUGAUGAAACAGGCUCCUAUUCAUCCACUUCGAGAGGCAAAAAGGAUGGGCUCGAUGUUAACGCUCCUCUUUACGUUGGUGGUAUAUCAGAAAAUAUCCAACUUCCAGAAAGUGCUGGUUUAAAUAUUGGUUUCGUCGGAUGCAUAAAUAGGCUACUAAUAGGAGGCCGAUCAAUAAAUCUAAUGAAUAAUAUGGUUAUGAGCCAAUCGAUUACAAAUUGUGAAAUAUGUGAACACCUUGAUAAUCCUUGCGCAAAUGGAGUUUGUCAAGAAUCUACUGCAAAGGAUGGCUAUGAGUGCCUAUGUAAUAUUGGUUAUACCGGCAGUCGAUGUGAAAAUACUAAACAAUCGUGCCAACCAGGAAUCUGUGGAGAUGGACAUUGUAGUGAAACAGAUGAUGGAUAUGUCUGCAACUGUCCUGUCGGAAAAACAGGUCCAAAUUGUCAAUAUUCUCAAAUGAUUCGUUCGCCAAAACUGAGUCAUCCUAAGUCAUAUCUUGCAUACCCAACGCCGAAAUCAUUAAGAAGGACUGGAUAAACAACUACAAAAA